AUGCAGACAAUCUCUUCCUCCAGCACACGGGUUCUGCGGGGGGAGGGGGGGGGAGAUGACGAGGCUGAGGCGCGGGUCGAGGCUGCACCAGCGAGCCGUGCGUGUGAGCGGGACACGGGGCGGCGGCGCAGCCUGGGCUCCGCUUCUGGGGAGGAGCCGCCGCUUGUCCGGGGAGCCUGGACAAACACCCUCGGUCCUCGUUCCGUCGCUUUGCCAGGAGGCCGGGAAAUGAGCACCGAUAAUAACCAGGAGAUGGAGCAGAAGAGGAGACUGCAGCCCUUUCUCACUGAUCUGGCCACACUGGGGUCACUGCAGGGCUUCCGGUACUUUCAGCCCUGGCUAAGAGGGAGAGAGGAGCUGCUCCUGACUGUAGUUAAUGAGGAUCUGGGCUGGAGGUCUCCCGGAUUCCCAGGCUCCAUGGCCUCCUCUCCCGGCUCCAGCAGCAGCAGCAGCACAAGCUCCAGUGGGAAUGCUGGAGACCUGUCCCGGGACGAGCAGGCAUUACUGCUCUCGAACAGGAUCAGCGAGGGUUAUCUUCUCCCUGCCUCCCCCAGCGACCGAGAGAUUGCUGUGCCAGAAAUGAACUGCACCCUCUUCUUAUUGGCUGGCUACGCCAAGUAUGGCCGCCCCUACGCUUGGAUACGGUCCAAUCAUGAGCGGCUUGUGAACAUCGGAGGGGCUGAUUCGUUCGUCAGGGACACGCCCAUGAAGCUGAAGUCCAUUGCUGAAUGGAGCACACAUGGCACGAGAGUGUGGGACAUGGUCAGUGAGCUGGUGACGCUGUGCACCACUCCUGCUCCCAUCAACCCCUUCGCCCUGGACCUGCGGUACCUGGAGCGCCUGCCCCUUGCCGAGCGCUUCCUGGGGUCGGGGGCCCUCAUCAACUUCCUGGAGAUGAUCGUUGUCCACGGCAACCGGGAGGAGCCCUACUACAGCAGGGUGACCGAGGACCUGGACAGCCUGCACCGGCUCCACGUGCGCGCUCUGUGGGACGUCCAGCAGAGGGCGUCGGACAGCGGUCAGGUCACCAAGGGAGAGCCGGAGGAGGACUGAAGAAAACAGACCGUUCCAGGGACUAACACUGAAAUCCAGAGUAUCGAUUUGCUAAUUUGAACACAAUUAAAUUAUAUGUUUGGCUCUUAAAAAGAUGGUUCCAAAUCUGAGAUUUCCAGACCUGAAACAGAUCGCUGUAGCACUUUCAAAUGGGUGAACAGUACAUCAGCAGGCCUGGAAAACCCUGCUUUAGGCUGGGGAGCGUCAAGCCUUCAUCCCUGCAUUGCUGCAGCAGUGCCGACAUCCAGAAAGCAGACUGCAAGCACAGGCACACAAUUAGCCCCUAACCACAUUAAUAUUAACAGGAAUUAAACUUCUGAUUGGCAAGGAGAGACUACAGUGCUUUCCUGAGCAUUUGCCCUUUUACUCCAAAGAGGAAAUCAAGUGGAACUCCUAAAAUCAAAACCCUUAUUUUUUUUGCAGGAGAUCAGGACCAAUAAACCGAACCCGAAAACAACCGUGAA